UCGGCUGUUGCGGUGUUUCUCGUGGUUUUCUUUCGUCGUAUUUCCAAGAUUAUUUCUUAUCUCUUCGUACCUUUCUUUUCCGCUUACAAGUGAAAAUACGACGGUCAGCGGUCAUUCAUUUUAGGGCUACUGUCGUUACUUUUUUAUUUAAUUUCAAAAUAAACUGUAGAUAAGAUCAACACUUGAAAUUUGUUACUGGGGCGUUUUUAUCAUUCCAUACACAGGACAGGAAGAGCAGUGGAAGAUGUUCACCUUCAGUCGAAUUGUCGCAUUUUUACCAGUGCUGCUUUUGUCACCGGUUAUCAAAGCUCACGAUGAGGACACACAAAGUGUUUUGCUCACCAAGGAAAACUUUCAUUCAGAGCUGAAUGAAAAUAAUUAUUUCGUCAUGUUUUUUGCUCCAUGGUGUGGUCACUGUAAAAAACUUGCCCCAACAUGGUCUAAGCUAGCGGAAUCGAAAACACUACAAGUUAAAAUCGGCCGAGUAGACUGCACUACCGAUGGCGAUUUGUGUAGUGAGCAAGAUGUUACCGGCUAUCCAACGCUGAAAUUUUUCAAAGCCGAUUCGCCAUCUGAAUCAUCGGUGAAGUAUCGGGGGGCUCGAGAUCUGGAUGCUUUCACAGCUUUUCUGCGUGAGCAACUUGGUCUGCAGAAUGAUGAUGAUGAUGAUGAUACUGCGGAUGCUGAGUCGAACGCCGUAGCAGAACCACCGAAACCUGUUUCACCAUUGGUCGAGCUAACUGAUGACACCUUUGCAAAGCAUAUCUCCAGUGGGAAACAUUUCGUAAAAUUCUUUGCUCCCUGGUGUGGUCAUUGCACUAAAUUAGCUCCCACCUGGGAAGAGCUGGCUAGAACAUUGGAACAUGAUACUGCUAUCAGCAUUUCGAAAAUCGACUGCACUCAAUACCGACCGAUUUGUACCGAUUUCGAAGUUAAAGGUUAUCCGACACUAUUAUGGAUUGAGGACGGCAAGAAAAUUGAAAAGUACUCUGGGUCACGAACUCACGAAGAUUUGAAAGCGUACGUUUCAAAAAUGGCAGGCGGUUUGAGUUUAGAUGAGGCAUCCGCGCAAAAGGUUGACGGAGCAGAAAAAGACAACACUUCGAUUGUGCUACAAUUAUCGGAACCGGAUUUCCAGCAUGCCAUCGGUAAAGGAGUUACCUUCGUUAAGUUCUAUGCCCCUUGGUGCGGUCAUUGUAUGCGACUUGCACCGACUUGGGAACAACUGGCUGAGAAAUUUGUAGGCUCAGACACGGUCAAGAUUGCCAAGGUUGACUGCACACUGGAAGUCAAUAAGGAACUAUGUGGCGAGCAGGAAGUGAACGGUUUUCCAACCGUAUUUAUAUACCGAAACGGGGACAAACUGAGUGAAUACAACGGAAAUCGCUCGCUAGAGGAUUUGCAUGAUUUCGUUACCCGCCAUUUGGGUGAGCACGACGAGUUGUAAGUUUUCCAUUAUUAAAAUAAGAUGAGAGUUGUGUCCCCGAAAAUUAUAAUUCAAUCAUAUCUGUGUGUGUUGAUAGCAGACAAAAAAUGUACAGGGGACGAAAACAAACUACCCGUAGAAGCAUUUAUUAAAUAAAUUUGGACACGAGCCAAUAUCAUAGGGAAAAA